AUCGUGUCCCUCCGUCUGUCCUGGUCUCUCAUCCUUUCGACCAUCGGUGAAUCAAAUCAAUACCAGGAAGCCUUCUCAUUUGCAGGACUUGGGCAAAACACGUGGACGAUCCGCGACUCAUUUCAUUCGGGGGGAACACCAUCUCCAUCAUCCCAAUUUUCACCACCACCAUUAUCAUGUCUGCCAUCAAACAGGAUGACCGCAAAGGCUCAAGUGACUGGCGGGAGUUUUUCUGGAACCCGCGGACCCACGAGCUGCUUGGCCGAACAGCUGCAAGCUGGGGACUGAUUCUGCUCUUCUACUUGGUGUUUUACUUGUUCCUCGCUGGGAUGUUUGCUAUCACCAUGUACAUCAUGAUGCUGUCAUUAGAUGAUUUCAAACCGACCUGGCAGGACCGCUUGGAGACCCCUGGGGUGAUGAUUCGCCCAAAGGGGAACCAGCUAGAGAUCAUCUACUCCCUGUCAGACAACAAGAGCUGGUCCGACUUUGUCCAGAACCUUGAUGCCUUCUUGUCUCCAUACAACAACAGCUACCAGCUUCAGACCAAUGAUGACUGUCCUCGAGAUCAGUACUUCAUUCAAGAGGACAGUGGAGAGGUGAGGAACAAUCCAAAACGUUCCUGUCAAUUCAACCGUACCACUUUAAAGGAAUGCUCAGGCAUCUCUGAUGACUCCUAUGGUUACAGCAAAGGUCAACCUUGCAUCAUCAUCAAGCUUAAUCGGGUUAUUGGUAUGUUGCCAGGGAAAGAGCGCCAGUCGCCUUUUGUCUCUUGCAGUGCAAAGAAAGAAGACAGUGAUAAAAUAGGACAGCUGGCUUAUUAUCCCCCUGAUGGCGCUUUCAACCUCAUGUAUUUCCCAUAUUAUGGAAAAAGAGCUCAGGUGAACUACACUCAACCACUGGUGGCUGUCAAGUUUUUGAAUGCCUCUCUAAACUCAGACAUCAACGUGGAGUGCAAACUAACAUCCAACACUCUACUCGCUGGCAGCGAGAGAGACAAGUUUGCUGGAAGAGUUUCCUUCAAAUUACGAAUCAAUGACAAGUGAAGUCGUGGUGACAACACAUGCAUGUUGAUGUUACACUUGUGUCUAUGAAGAAUGUCUUGACCUUUGUUUGCUUAAUGUUAUGUGACACUUCCUAUAAUUUAUUUCUCAUUAGACAAUGUGUAAACAUAUCGUGUAUUGCAAACAUUUUACGUGUCAAGAACCUUUUAAGUCCCUCAUCUGCAUUAUAUGUCCCUGUGCGUGAGCCUGAGAUAUCAUUGUCACUGCAAGACAAAGCCAAAUGAUUAUUUAUAUUUCUGUGUGUAGGCAUAUUACGGCGUUCACUUGAUUUUCGCCAUUCACCAAAAUGAUCCAUUGAGGUUAUAGAUAGUUAUCAGAGUCAGUUGUUGCUACUUCUAUUUACAACUCAAAGAAAUGGUUGAGAAAACAUUCUGGACUGGAUGACAACGCCAAACAGAGGAGUUGAAUUUGUUUAGGUUGUAGAUUGUUUAUUUGGUAAAAUGUUUGUUUAGAGCUUACAGGCAUUGUGUUGACCAGUAUGCCAAGUCAACCUUGCGACAUCGGUCAAUCAUGUUUUGAUAUCUCUGUGUGAUCUCUGUGUGACUACCCAUGUUUUUUUCCACAUGCUUUUAUAGCCGUUGAUGUCAUAUCCAAUUUGUUUCAGUCAGUGAUGAUAGAUGUUUAUUUAUAUAGCAAUUCAUAUGAAUUGCAACUUAGACAAUGCUUUCACAUCUUUUAAUUAUUAAUCACUGAUACACUCACAAUUGCAAGCCGUUAUGUAGCCUUUAGCAGAGUCAGAGGACUUGGAACGUAUAAUAAUAAUAACAAUAUUAAUAAUAAUAGUAAUAAAUAUUCACAGGAGUAAUUGUGUACGCCAACAUGAAAUGUGAACAAAAAAUCAAUGGCAUAAAGUCAAACAUUUUCAAAUGCUGAUGUGGAGAGUAUGCAAUAAAGGAACACAAUAUAAUAAUACAUGUAAGUAUAUGUAUUAUUAUAGUGCAUUCCUUAUGUAUGUACUUAUUACGUUUUUGAAAUGAAAUUUUGAAAAGACCAUGACCUACUAUAAGUCAGUGAGGACAUAUGAGGAAAAUGAAAUCUCUCAUUUAACUGUAUGUGAAUGCAAAGAUGACAAGAAUUCUGUAUCAUUGGUCUGAAUUUUGUGUAAGUUGUGUUUACAACACACUUUUCUCCCUUUGUUUGUGCUGUGUUCCUCCUUUGCCAACCAAA